AUGGGACAGGCCAACUGCAAACCCGAGCCUGGGGAUUUGAUCGAGAUCGACCUGCCGUUUUGCCAGCACUGGGCUCUCUACCUGGGGGAUGGAUAUGUCAUCCACCUGAUGCCUCUAGGACCCCAAUCCUUUGGGGCGGAAGGCACAACAGUAUUCUCCACAAAGGCCAAGGUGGUGAGAGAGCUCCUGAAGGAUGCGGUGGAAAAUCAUUCAUGGCGUGUCAACAAUAAGUUUGACCGCUCCCACACUCCGCGCCCAGUGGAGAAGAUCAUUCUGUCGGCUGAGCAGUGGGUUGACAUGGAGGUGCCAUAUGAUGUGAUUUAUAGGAAUUGUGAGCACUUUGUGACAAUGCUCCGCUAUGGAGAGGCAAUCUCUGGCCAGGUCCGAAAAGCAGUUAUUGGUGCUGUUGGAGCCCUGGCAGCUAUAUUUUCAGUUCUUGGUGGCAAGCUUUUCUUCAGUAAAAAGAAGCUCUGCUAGUGAUGGGCAGUCAGGAGGAGCUCAGAACAAUGCAGGGGGAACCCCUGGCCACAGCGGUCACUGGUCAGCUUUUGCUACACCUGCCAUCAAG